GUUUCUAUAUUGUGAGGGAGAAACAGAGGCAGAUAACGAGAGGACAGCACCGGAGCUGGGGGGUAAAGCACCGAUAGUGGACCAACUGGCGGGAAAGAAGCGACCCAGACAUGGGCAAGAAGGACGAGAUAGCUGUGGCCAAAGUCAAGCUUGAGCAAAACGGAGACAUUGGAGAGGAUAAAGAUGAAGAGAAAAAGGGGGAGAAAGAGCCAAAGAUGCCGAUGAUUGGAGCCAUAGCUCUGUUCAGGUUUGCUGAUGGUUGGGACAGGUUGAUGAUUGUGCUGGGGACCAUCAUGGCUAUGGUUAAUGGAACGGUCCUCCCUCUCAUGUGUAUUGUCUUUGGGGACAUGACUGACAGCUUCAUAGGAGACUCCAUACAGACACAGAAUAACUUCACCAGUGAGUCAGUACUGACGUCCUUCACAUCCCUGGAGCAGAGUGCCUAUGCUAAAGCUGGAGCCGUGGCUGAGGAGGUGAUCUCUUCUGUCAGAACAGUCUUCGCUUUCGGUGGACAACAGAAGGAGAUAACCAGGUACGAGAAAAACCUGGAGGAUGCUAAGAACAUGGGUAUCCGUAAAGCCAUCUCUGCUAACAUCGCCAUGGGCUUCACCUUCCUGAUGAUCUAUCUGUCCUACGCUCUGUCCUUCUGGUACGGCAGCACACUCAUCCUAUCUGGAGAAUACACCAUUGGAACUGUCCUCACCGUGUUCUUCACAGUGUUGAUCGGGGCGUUUGCCAUGGGACAGACUUCUCCUAAUGUCCAGGCCUUCGCCAGUGCCCGGGGAGCGGCACACAAAGUCUACAACAUCAUCGACAAUGUGAGACACACACCCUCUCCUCACACACAC